GCACAUCGUCUGAGCUGAUCGUGCUGAAAAGUGUUCGACGACAAGAGAAGAAGUACUACAAGUCAGUUCCUUCUGGUCGUCUGUUAUUGAAGAACCUGUGUUUUGUACCGAGAUUACAUCGCUCCGCUGGUUUGAUUGCUGUGGGUGUUUGGAUUUUGUGCUAUUCGUAACGUGACAAAUAUUGAUGGUUGCCGAUACAAGAUAAAGUUGCAGUUUCUUGAAGAGUUUAUCAAUACACUACACGGUAAUAGAAUAACACCGAAAGUCGGUGUAAAAGAUUCAGCGUGUGAAUUCAACAUUCAUAUCAAAAUACAGUAGCGUUUGAAAUCAUCGUCGUCAGCUGCUCUGCUGCGAUAAGGGAAAAAUAGAGCGUGCGGGGGCGGUGUUGCCUUUGUUAUCAACAAAAGAAUAUAAAAUAGAAGUUGUACAUUAUACCUACGUGAUAGCAGUCGAAAUUAUUGAAGAUUCUUCCAAGCCGCUGAACGUUACCGUCGUACCGCCGCGCCGGUCGCCAUCUAGUCGCGUGUGAAGCAGAAAAUCGUUACCAGUUUACUUCCGACCGUGGUUUCGUUUAGACGUUCUGACACUUUUGCGGGUGGUAAGUGGCAACUGCACACGCGAAUUGUUUUCUGCAUGACUCACCGCGGACCCGGUGCAAGUGAGUUUACCGACAAAAACCACAGCGGACGACGACGACGACGGUAUGGGGCGACCGUUUAAUACUUCGGUCGAAAAUGGUGGAGUUCAGGCUGCGGCCGCGAUGCCACAACCGUCGGCGCCCUUGUUGAUGCAGGGGGAUGAUUUUAGCAAUCCGGAUAUGUAUGUAGAUUUUCUGAUUUUGGGAAAUAGAGAAAACUACAGCGUGCGGGCCGAGAAGAAACCAAUUUUGGAUUCGAACACACAGCUGGCCCAUAUGAUUAGCGGAGCCGCAUCAACAACCGUCGUCGAUGGGAAGUUUGUGGUGCGUGACGUGGAUAAGGACAAUUUCGAGAUCUUUGUCAGGUACCUUGAAACCAAAUUCAUCAAAUUCCACUCAGCCACUCAUAUGCUGCAGAUCCUGGAGUUGGCAUCGCGCUUUCAGUGUCGUCAACUUGAAAUCCACUGCGUUAAGGAGCUCGAUUCGAGCUUGUCCACGGCGCACGUGCUGGAAGUGUUCCGCGCGCUCUGGUAUUACAACUCGGUGUCGGUGUCAGCGACACUGUCAGCAAUACAAAAGAAGAAACGGCGUGGCAAGAGAAAGGACAAACCGGAAGCCCCACUCACACCGGAGGAGUACUUCGCGGCGUUGCUCAACAAUUGUCUCCAGAUGAUCGACAUGCAUGCGGAAGAAGUGUUCGCCAAAGAAACCAUGCAAGCGCUGAGAUUCGAAGAAUUGGAAAUGAUUGCAAAACGGGAUGCGCUACAAAUGUCCUCCGAAAUUGUUCUGCUGGACCUGCUCGCUAGAUGGAGCCGUGAGGAGUGCCUGCGUAAGAAUCUCGAAUUAUCGGCGGAAAAUCGACGGCGUGUUCUAGGCGCACUUUGCUACACACCUCGCUAUCUUACUAUGGCGCGAAAAGAAUUCGAAAAUGCCAAAGAUCGUGUUGAGCUGCUGGAUCCUAUUGAGUCCAAACUAGUCGAGGAUGUGCUGAACGGAAAAAAGAUGAGCUCUCUAACGCCGGAACAGCAGUCAAUGGUUGCUAACUUCAGGAAGCAACGCCCAGCCUUUGCCCCGAUGCCCAUUCAACUGAGCGCACGGAGUAACCCGAAGAACUAUCCGAAAAAGAUGCGCAAAGCAGCCGAGGAAAACCAAACCGACGAUCGCAGCUGCUGCGAUCGAUUGGUCAUCACCUUUGUGUCGAUAUUUGCUUGCGUUUUUGACUAGCCCCUGUUUGUUUGAGCGAGAUUUUCGACCAACAAGUUCGCUCAGACUAGCGGAAUCUCAACAGAACGAGAACGGCACAGAAUUCGGCAUUUCUGAUUUGUUAAGCUCUAAAAUGUGCAGGUUACAUCAAGGAUCAAUUUUAAAGUGUUCAAACAUUUUUAUUCUUUCGUCUAUCAUUACUGUUAAACAGGUAGCCUUUUUAUGUUAUAGUCACCUUUUGUUUAAAUAAGUAUAUUUAUCUUGUUGCAUGAUAACACUUUUUCAUCUUUGUUCUUAUAAAAAAGUUAAAGUUAUCAAUCAAACCUUGUUUAUUACGUUAAGAUUUUUUUUUACCAAAAGUAGAAUGACGCAAUACUCUUCAGUGAGCUUACAUUAUUUCGUGUUGGAUACGACCGUAAACGAACUCUCCUGCUAUACAUAGGAGAUAUUCAUAUGUUACAGAGUAAAGCAGAAAGAUUAUCAUCUAGUCUAAAUUGUUUUAAUCACUGCAAAGCUAGUAUGCUGCACAGCCUCCGCCCCGCAUGUGCUUCUAAGACAAUGCAAAAAGUAUUUUAUUAGCGAAAUUCUGAAUGACAGGACUAAAAAACGUUACUAGCAUAUAUUGUUUAUUUAGGUAAAAGUUGUGAACAACUGUAUUAAGCCCAUUUCGCUGUAGCAGAGUUUAUUAUUAACGGCAUAGACAUUUUAACUCCACAUAAUUCAAAUAUUGAUACUCGAUUACGUUGCUUUCUAAAAGCAUGCCAUUGUUCGGAAAAUAGCUAAUAUAUAACCUAACCAAAAAUGAAUGCUGGUAAGGAAGAUACUGUUUUAAUCAUAGCUUUGUUUUAACAUGAUAUAUACCAAGAAAGAGAUGGUUUUUACAUGGAAAUAUCAACAUAUGUGUAAAACAUUACGUACAAAAUAAGUUCACGUUGCCAUAUUGUCCACUAAAUAUUUAGUACAUAAUAUAGUGUAAAUCCUAGCUAACAAAAGUUUUAUAUCAACCCCUAUUAAAAAUUGAUGUGAUGUUAGUGUUUAGUUAAUGUAGAUUGGCAUAAAUAUAAUUUAGUCAAACACUAAUUUGACUCGCAGAAAAAAUCAACGACAUAACUGAAACUGAAUUAAAUACUUUCAUUACUUGAAACAUCAUUUUGCAUUUUUGACUGAUCGAUUGUUUAACCAUUCAGUAUGGACAACAUGAUAUACAAGUUUUUAAGAAAGCAGACCAUUUUACCUUACAUAAACGUACCUAUAUAAAUUAAAACAUGUAAUAA